CUCGCACUGUGAGAGUUGACCCGGACGGGUGCUGUCCUCCAGCACAGCCACACGCUCUCACACCGAGAGAAACCGAGAGAGAGGGGGGGAGAAGAGGAGAUCACGCAAAGCCAACUAAAGGAUCUUGUCUUGUCUUUGGAGGUGGUGCCACUAACGCGCACUGAAGGAUGGCGGAAGGGGGCGAGGGAGAGGAGGAGAUCCAGUUCCUGCGAACGGACGACCAGGUGGUUCUGCAGUGCACCGCUUCCAUCUUGAAGGAGCAGCAGAUCAAACUUUGUCUGUCCUGCGAGGGCUUUGGGAACCGCCUCUGCUUCCUGGAGACCACGUCCAACGCCCAGAAAGUGCCUCCUGAUUUGGCAAUAUGCAGCUUCAUUCUGGAGCAGUCGCUGUCGGUGCGUGCCCUGCAGGAGAUGCUGGCCAACACGGUGGAGAUGACCGAGUCCUCGCAAGGUGGCGGCCAUCGCACCUUGUUGUACGGUCAUGCCAUCCUUCUCAGGCACAACCACUCGGGCAUGUACCUGAGCUGUUUGACCACAUCUCGCUCGCUCACGGACAAGCUGGCCUUUGACGUGGGCCUGCAAGAAGAUUCCACCGGCGAAGCGUGUUGGUGGACGAUUCAUCCCGCCUCCAAGCAGAGGUCUGAAGGUGAAAAGGUGCGCGUGGGGGAUGACCUCAUCCUUGUCAGCGUUUCCUCCGAGAGAUACCUGCACCUUUCCUACGCUAGUGGAGAUCUGAUGGUGGACGCCUCCUUCAUGCAGACUCUGUGGAAUAUGAACCCCAUUAGUUCUGGAUGUGAACUCGCUGAAGGGUUCCUGACGGGCGGUCACGUUCUCAGGCUCUUCCACGGUCACAUGGACGAGUGUCUGAGCAUCUCCACACCGGAGGAAGGAGAGGAGAAGCGAAGAAUGGCUCACUACGAAGGCGGUGCCGUUUGCAGCCAGGCUCGUUCGCUGUGGCGGUUGGAGCCUUUGCGAAUCAGUUGGAGCGGGAGCCACUUAAAGUGGGGGCAAUCUUUCCGCAUCCGCCACAUCACCACGGGCCGGUACCUGUGUCUGGAUGAGGAGAAGGGCCUGAUGGUGGCGGACGCGGACCAAGCCAACACCAAAGUGUCUGCCUUCUGCUUCCGCGCCUCCAAGGAGAAGGUGGACGUGGCUCACAAGCGAGACGUGGAGGGCAUGGGCAUCCCGGAGAUCAAGUACGGCGAGUCCAUGUGCUUCGUGCAGCACGUGUCCACCGGCCUGUGGCUGACGUACGCCGCGCUGGACGCCAAAGCGGCGCGUCUGGGGAUGAUGAAGAGGAAGGUCAUCCUGCACCAAGAAGGACACAUGGACGACGCCCUGACUGUGUCUCGCUCCCAGACCGAGGAGUCUCAAGCAGCUCGGAUGAUUUAUAGCACCAUGGGCCUCUUUAGGCAGUUCAUCAAGGGUUUGGACUCUCUGACCGCCAAGAACAAAUCUCCUGGGCCUUUGUCUCUCCCUCUGGAGAGCGUCAUCCUCUCCCUGCAGGAUCUCAUCUUCUACUUCCGUCCUCCUGAGGAGGAGCUGGAGCACGAGGAGAAGCAAACCAAGCUUCGCUCCCUUCGUAACCGGCAGAAUCUCUUCCAGGAGGAGGGGAUGAUCACCAUCGUGCUGGAGUGCAUCGACCGGCUCAACGUGUACAACACGGCGGCCCACUUCUCGGAAUUUGCAGGCGAGGAAGCGGCAGAGUCCUGGAAGGAGAUUGUCAAUCUUCUCUACGAGCUGCUGGCUUCGCUCAUCAGGGGCAACCGCUCCAACUGCGCCUUGUUCUGCGACAACCUGGACUGGCUGGUCAGCAAACUGGACCGCCUGGAGGCCUCAUCUGGUAUUCUGGAGGUGCUCUACUGUGUGCUCAUUGAAAGCCCCGAGGUUCUAAACAUCAUCCAAGAGAACCACAUCAAGUCCAUCAUCUCUCUCCUGGACAAGCAUGGACGGAACCACAAGGUUCUGGAUGUCCUGCGCUCUCUCUGCGUGUGUAACGGUGUGGCUGUGAGGUCCAAUCAGAACCGCAUCACUGAGAACCUGCUUCCGGCCCGAGAUCUCCUGCUGCAGACCAACAUUGUAAAUUAUGUAACCAGCGUCCGGCCAAAUAUCUUCUUGGGCACGUGCGAGGGCUCCACGCAGUACAAGAAGUGGUACUACGAGAUGAUGGUGGACUACGUGGAACCCUUCGUGACGGCGCAGGCGUCGCACCUCCGCGUGGGCUGGGCCAUGACGGAAGGCUACAGCCCCUACCCCGGAGGUGGCGAGGGCUGGGGGGGCAACGGCGUGGGCGACGACCUCUACUCGUACGGCUUCGACGGCCUCCACUUGUGGUCGGGCACGGUGGCGCGGCAGGUGGCGUCACCCACCGCGCACACUUUGGCGGCGGAUGACGUGGUCAGUUGUUGUCUGGAUCUGAGCGUGCCCAGUAUCUCCUUCCGGAUCAACGGGCACCCCGUUCAGGGCAUGUUUGAAAACUUCAACGUGGACGCCCUUUUCUUCCCCGUCAUCAGCUUCUCAGCGGGAGUCAAAGCUCGCUUCCUGCUGGGCGGUCGCCACGGCGAUUUCAAGUUCAUGCCGCCGCCGGGUUACGCGCCGUGCUAUGAGGCGCUCCUGCCCCGAGAGCGGAUGCGCAUCGAGCCCAUCAAGGAGUACAAACACGACUUCAGCGGCGUGCGCAACCUUCUGGGGCCAACCCUGUCGCUCACCCACACCUCUUUCACGCCGUGUCCCGUGGACACCGUUCAGAUUGUGCUGCCGCCACACCUCGAGAGAAUCCGAGAGAAGCUGGCGGAGAAUAUUCACGAGCUGUGGGCGAUCACUCGCAUCGAGCAGGGAUGGACCUACGGGAUUUUGAGAGAUGACAACAAGAAGCUUCAUCCCUGCCUGGUGGACUUCCAGAAUCUCCCGGAGCCCGAGAGGAACUACAACCUGCAGAUGUCCGGAGAGACGCUUAAGACUCUCCUGGCUCUGGGCUGCCAUGUGGGCAUGGGUGACGAGAAAGCCGAGGAGAACCUCAAGAAAAUUAAGCUGCCAAAGACCUACAUAAUGAGCAACGGAUACAAGCCGGCGCCACUUGACCUCAACCACGUCAAGCUGACACCCAACCAGAACCAGCUGGUGGAAAAACUGGCCGAAAACGGACAUAACGUUUGGGCAAGAGAUCGUGUCCGACAGGGCUGGACUUACAGCAUAGUGCAGGACAUCCUCAACAAGCGAAACCCUCGUCUGGUGCCUUACAACUUGCUGGACGAGAGAACCAAGAAGACCAACAGGGACAGCGUCAACAACGCCGUCCGCACGCUCAUCGGCUACGGCUACAACAUUGAGCCUCCGGACCAGGAGAGCACCGGCCACGGCCUGGAGAACAUCCGCGGCGAUAAGGUUCGACUCUUCAGGGCCGAGAGGUCGUACGCCAUCACGCAAGGGAAGUGGUACUUUGAGUUUGAGGCGGUGACCACGGGCGAGAUGCGAGUGGGCUGGGCUCGUCCCAACGUCCGCUCCGACACCGAGCUGGGAGCCGAUGAGCUCGCGUACGUCUUCAACGGCAACAAGGCGCAACGGUGGCACAUCGGCAACGAGCCCUUCGGCCGCCAGUGGCAGUCCGGCGACGUGGUGGGCUGCAUGAUCGACCUGAUCGAGAUGAACAUCAUGUUCACGCUCAACGGCGAAAUGCUGAUCAGCGACUCUGGCUCGGAGAUGGCGUUCAAAGAUAUUGAAAUUGGCGAAGGUUUCAUCCCAGUUUGCGCUUUGGGCUUGUCCCAGGUCGGCCGAAUUAAUCUGGGCCAGAAUGUGAGCAGCCUGCGCUACUUCGCCAUCUGCGGCCUUCAGGAAGGCUUCGAGCCCUUCGCCAUCAACAUGAAGCGGGACAUCACCAUGUGGUUCAGCAAAAGCCUGCCCCAGUUUCAGCCCGUCUCCACCGACCACAACCACCUGGAGGUCUCCCGAGUGGACGGGACCGUGGACAGUGCCCCCUGCCUGAAGCUGACCCACAAGACCUUCGGCUCGCAGAACGCCAACACGGACAUGAUGUUCCUCAGGCUCAGCAUGCCCGUCCAGUUCCACGAGAUCUUCAAGAUCCCGGCGGGUACCACGCUGCUCACCCGUACGCUCACCAUUCCCGAGGACGAAGUGGUGGUGGUGGAGCCCGACUCGGAGUAUGAGGUCCUCAAGAAGUCGGCCAGCCGUAAAGAGCAGGAGGAAGACAAGAAGGAGCCGUCUGUACCCAAAGAGAUCUCGGUGGAAAACGAGAAGGACGCCAUGUCAGAGAAAGGAAAGAAAAGAGGAUUUUUCUUCAAGGCCAAGAAGGCGGCCAUGACACCUCUUGCGCCUCCCCCCGCCCCGCCGACCGUGCCCCGUUUGGUGGAAGACGUGGUCCCUGACGACCGAGACGACCCCGAGAUCAUUCUGAACACCACCACUUAUUACUAUUCGAUAAGGAUCUUUGCCGGGCAGGAGCCGACGGGCGUGUGGAUCGGUUGGGUUACUCCCGACUACCACCAGUUUGAUCCAACUUUCGAUCUCUCCAAAGUACGGAACGUCACGGUCACUGUGGGUGACGACAAAGGCAACAUCCACGACAGCAUGAAGCACAGCAACUGUUACAUGGUUUGGGGAGGGGACCUGAUCAGCACUCAGCAGACCCGCUUCAGUCAGGAGGACAUGGUGGUCGGCUGCCUGGUGGACUUGGCCACGGGGCUCAUGACCUUCACGGCCAAUGGAAAGGAAAUUAACACCUUCUACCAGGUGGAGCCCAACACCAAGCUGUUCCCUGCUGUCUUCAUCCAACCUUCCAGCCAGAACAUGGUCCAACUGGAGCUGGGAAAACUCAAGAACAUCAUGCCCAUCUCGGCCGCCAUGUUCCGCAGCGAGCGCAAGAACCCGGUGCCCCAGUGCCCCCCGAGGCUGGACGUCCAAAUGCUGACCCCGGUCAUCUGGAGCCGGAUGCCCAAUCGCUUCCUCAACCCCGAGGUGGGCAAAGUGAAUGAGAAGCUGGGCUGGAUGGUGGAGUGCAGCGAACCUCUUGUCAUGAUGGCUCUGCACAUCCCCGAGGAGAACAGGUGUAUUGACAUCCUGGAGCUGUCGGAGCGCCAGGACCUGAUGAAGUUCCACUACCACACCCUGAUGCUCUACUGCGCCGUAUGCGCCCUGGGCAACAACCGCGUGGCCCACGCUCUUUGCAGCCACGUGGACGAAUCGCAGCUCUUCUACGCCAUCGAGAACACCUACUUGCCCGGUCCUCUCCGCAGCGGCUACUACGACCUCCUCAUCAGUAUCCACCUGGAGUCGGCCAAGCGGGCGCGCCUGGGCACCAACAAGGAGUUCAUCGUGCCCAUGACGGAGGAAACGCUCAGCAUCAGCCUCUAUCCGGACACCAAGAAGGCCCAUUCCCUUCCCGGCGUGGGUCUCAACACCUGCUUGCGACCGAAACUUCAUUUCUCCUCCAUCAAUUUUGUGGGCAUGGAUCCGGAUUUGUAUACGCUGAGUCCAAUUUUCCCACUGCAGGAGCUAAAGACGCUAGCCAUUAGCAUGCUAACGGAAGCCGUGCUAGACGGUAGCCAGGCCAUGCGCGACCCUGUGGGAGGUAGCGUGGAGUUCCACUUUGUUCCCAUCCUCAAGCUGAUCAGCACACUGCUCAUCAUGGGCAUCUUCAACGACGAGGAUACCAAGCACAUCCUGAAGAUGAUCGAUCCCAACGUGUUCAGAGGGAAGGAAGAGGAGGAAGAGGCGCCAACGGAGGAAGCCAAAGGCCAAGCGGACGGGGAGAAGGAGGAAGGGGAUGAAGCCGAGCUGGAGGACGAGGGUGUGGGGGAGGAGGAAGAGGAGCUGAAAGCUUUGGAGAAAGGAGAGCACCAGGAGGACAAAGAGCCCAAGGAGGAGGCAGAAGAGACCAAAGAGGAAGAUGAGGCCAAAGGGGAUAAAGCAGAAGAGGAGGCGAAGAAGGAGGCUGAGUUGCUGGAGGCAGAAUUGAAGGAAGAAGAAGAAGGUCUGGAGGAGGGAUUGCUCCAGAUGAAGUUGCCGGAAUCUGUCAAACUGCAGAUGUGCACGCUCCUGCAGUACUUCUGCGACUGCGAGCUACGCCAUCGCGUGGAGGCCAUCGUGGCCUACUCGGACAACUUUGUGCACGAAAUUCAGAGCAACCAGCGCGUCCGUUACAACGAGCUCAUGAGAGCCUUCACCAUGACGGCCGCCGAGACGGCGCGCAAGACUCGCGAGUUCCGCUCGCCGCCGCAGGACCAGGUUCUUCUGCUGACCAAUUUCAAACACAGUCCUGAGGAUGACGAUUGUCCUGUGCCCGAGGAUGUUCGGGACACUCUGGGAGAGUUUCACAAUGACCUCCUCCUUCACUGCGGCGUACAUAUCGAAGAGGAGACGGAGGAAGAGGAGGUGGACACCUCGCUGAGUGGAAGACUUCUCAGUCUGGUGGACAAAGUGACAAAGUUGCGAAAGAAGGAAGAGGAGGAGAAGCCCGAGGUGGAGGAGGAGCCUAAACCCAGCACCCUUCAGGAGCUGAUCUCCCACACCAUGAUCCACUGGGCCCAGGAAUCGUUCAUCCAGAACCCGGAGCUGGUUCGCCUGAUGUUCAGCCUGCUCCACCGGCAGUACGACGGCCUGGGCGAGCUGAUCCGGGCGCUGCCCAAAGCGUACGCCAUCAACGCCGUGUCCUACCAGGACACCAUGGACCUGCUGGAGUGUCUGGGCCAGAUCCGAUCGUUGCUCAUCGUCCAGAUGGGCCCGGAAGAGGAGCGCCUCAUGAUCCAGAGCAUCGGGAAUAUCAUGAACAACAAGGUGUUCUACCAGCACCCCAAUUUGAUGAGAGCUCUUGGUAUGCACGAGACGGUCAUGGAGGUGAUGGUCAACGUGUUGGGUGGCGGAGGAGACUCAAAGGAGAUCCGCUUCCCCCAAAUGGUGACCAACUGCUGCCGCUUCUUGUGCUACUUCUGCCGAAUCAGCCGACAGAACCAGCGCUCCAUGUUUGACCAUCUGGGCUACCUGCUCCAGAACAGUGGCAUCGGACUGGGCAUGCGGGGCUCCACUCCUCUGGACGUUGCGGCGGCCUCUUGCAUCGACAACAACGAGCUGGCUUUGGCACUGCAGGAGCAGGACCUGGAGAUGGUGGUGACGUACUUGGCGGGCUGCGGCCUGCAGAUGUGCCCCAUGCUGCUGUCCAAGGGCUACCCCGACAUUGGCUGGAACCCCUGCGGAGGGGAACGAUAUUUGGACUUCCUGCGCUUUGCCGUCUUUGUGAAUGGAGAGAGCGUGGAGGAGAACGCCAACGUGGUGGUGCGUCUUCUCAUCCGCCGGCCCGAGUGCUUCGGCCCGGCGUUGCGAGGUGAGGGCGGCAACGGUCUGCUGGCCGCCAUGGAGGAGGCCAUCAAGAUCUCGGAGGACCCGGCGAGGGACGGACCCACUGUCAAAAAAGACAGACGCUUCAUGUUCGGUGGUGAGGAGCAACAGGAAGAGAGCCGCGUGCAUCUGGGGAACGCCAUCAUGUCCUUCUACUCGGCCCUCAUUGACCUGCUGGGCCGCUGCGCCCCGGAGAUGCACCUGAUCGAAGCAGGCAAGGGCGAAGCUCUGAGGAUCCGAGCCAUCCUGAGGUCUCUGGUGCCCAUCGAAGAUCUUGUUGGAGUCAUCAGUUUGCCCGUACAGAUUCCUUCGCACGGAAAAGACGGUCAGGUUGUAGAGCCCAAGAUGUCCGGAAGCUUCGUGCCCGACCACAAAGCCUCCAUGGUCCUCUUCCUGGACAGAGUCUACGGUAUCGAGAACCAGGACUUCCUGCUGCACGUGCUGGAGGUCGGCUUCCUGCCCGACAUGCGAGCUGCGGCUUCUCUCGACACCCCGGCUUUCAGCACCACGGAAAUGGCGCUGGCGCUGAACCGCUACCUCUGCUCGGCCGUCCUACCUCUGCUCACCAAAUGCGCCCCGCUGUUCGCCGGCACCGAUCACCGCGCCAUCAUGAUCGACUCCAUGCUGCACACCAUCUACCGGCUGUCCCGCGGCCGAGCCCUCACCAAGGCCCAGCGAGACGUCAUCGAGGAGUGCCUCAUGUGGCUCUGCAAGUACCUCCGGCCGUCCAUGCUUCAGCAUCUGCUCAGGCGGCUGGUGUUUGACGUGCCCAUCCUCAACGAAUAUGCAAAGAUGUCGCUCAAGCUUCUGACCAAUCACUACGAGCGCUGCUGGAAGUAUUACUGCUUGCCGAACGGCUGGGCCAACUUCGGCGUGACCUCGGAGGAGGAGCUCCAUCUUUCCCGCAAACUCUUCUGGGGAAUCUUUGAGUCAUUGGCCCACAAAAAAUUCGACGCGGAGCUCUUCAAAAUCGCCAUGCCGUGCCUGUGCGGCAUCGCGGGGGCCAUCCCGCCCGACUACGUGGAUGCCAGCUACUCCUCUCACAUGGAAAAGAAAGCAUCUGUGGAUGCCGAGGGCAACUUUGAUCCCAAACCGGUGGAGACCACCAACACCAUCAUCCCCGAGAGGUUGGACGUCUUUAUCAACAAGUACGCGGAGCAUACUCAUGACAAAUGGGCAUUUGAAAAGAUUCAGAACAACUGGACCUACGGAGAGGUGCUGGACGAGAACGCCAAGACUCACCCAAUGCUCAGGCCGUACAAAACAUUCUCAGAAAAGGACAAAGAGAUCUACCGCUGGCCAAUCAAAGAGUCCAUCAAAGCCAUGCUGGCAUGGGAGUGGACCUUGGAGAAAGCCCGAGAUGGCGAGGGAGACAUUGAAAAGGCUGCCACACGCAAACUCUCCCAAACUGCUCAGGCUACGUAUGAUCCCAGCCACGGUUACAGCCCUCAACCAAUAGACAUCACCGGAAUGGCUUUGUCCAGAGAGUUGCAGUCCAUGGCCGAGCAGCUGGCUGAAAACUACCACAACACGUGGGGCCGGAAGAAGAAGCUGGAGCUUCAGUCUAAAGGUGGCGGCACGCAUCCUCUGCUGGUGCCCUACGACACCUUGACGGCUAAGGAGAAGGCCAGAGACCGAGAAAAGGCACAGGAUGUCCUCAAGUUCCUCCAACUCAACGGAUACGCCGUCACCAGGGGCAUGAAGGACAUGGAGCAGGACAUCUCAUCCAUCGAGAAGCGCUUUGCCUACGGCUUCCUCCAGAAGCUUCUCAAAUGGAUGGACAUUGCCCAGGAGUUCAUCGCUCAUCUGGAGGCCGUCGUUAGCAGUGGGCGAGUGGAGAAGUCACCACAUGAGCAAGAAAUCAAAUUUUUUGCCAAGAUUCUCUUGCCACUUGUGAAUCAGUACUUCAAGAACCACUGCCUCUACUUCCUCUCCACCCCUGCUAAAGUUCUGGGAAGUGGAGGACAUUCCUCCAACAAGGAAAAGGAAAUGAUCGCAAGUAUCUUCUGUAAGUUGGCUGCUUUGGUGAGGCACAGAGUUUCUCUUUUUGGAACGGAUGCAAGUGCCAUUGUCAACUGCCUUCACAUUCUGUCCCGCUCGCUGGAUGCCAGGACCGUAAUGAAGUCGGGGCCCGAGAUCGUCAAGGCCGGCUUGCGUCAGUUCUUUGAGAGUGCCGCCGACGACAUUGAGAAGAUGGUGGAGAAUCUCAAGCUGGGCAAGGUUUCCAGCCGCAACCAGGUGAAAGGCGUAGCCCAAAACAUCAACUACACCACCAACGCUCUCCUGCCCGUCCUCACGUCGCUCUUCGACCACAUCGCUCAGCACCAGUUUGGAGACGACGUCAUGAUGGACGACUUGCAAAUCUCCUGUUAUCGGAUCAUGUGCAGCAUCUACUCACUGGGCACGGUCAAGACGCCGCAUGUGGAGAAACAGCGUCCCGCUCUUGGCGAAUGUUUGGCGCACUUGGCAGCCGCCAUGCCCGUCGCCUUCCUUGAGCCCGAGCUGAAUGAGUUCAAUACUUUUUCAGUUUACACCACCAAGACGCCCCGAGAAAGAACCAUUCUUGGCCUCCCCAGCCAAGUGCAGGAGCUGUGUCCCGACAUCCCCGAGCUAGACAUCCUCAUGAAGGAGAUCCACGACCUGGCCGAGUCGGGGGCACGCUACACGGAAAUGCCCCAUGUGAUUGAGAUCACGCUGCCCAUGCUGUGCAAUUACCUGCCACGCUGGUGGGAGAGGGGCCUGGAGAACUUCCCCGAUCUGGAGGGCCAGAUCUGCACCGCCGUCACCUCGGAGCACCUCAACCAGCUCCUGGGUAGCAUCAUGAAGAUCGUGGUCAACAACCUGGGCAUCGACGAGGCCUCCUGGAUGAAGAGGUUGGCAGUGUUCGCUCAGCCCAUCGUGAGCCGGGCCAAGCCGGAGAUGCUCAAGUCCCACUUCAUCCCCACCAUGGAGAAACUGAAGAAGCGCUCGGGCAAGGUGGUGGCCGAGGAGGACCAUCUGCGUAUGGAAGGCAAGACGGAGGUGGACAACGAGGACGGGACCAUCCGGGACGAGUUUGCCGUGCUGUGCCGCGACCUUUACGCCCUCUACCCUUUGCUCAUCCGCUACGUGGACAACAACAGGGCGAGGUGGCUGACGUGUCCCGAUCCCGACGCUGAGGAGCUCUUUAGGAUGGUGGGCGAGGUCUUCAUUUUCUGGUCCAAAUCCCACAAUUUCAAACGGGAGGAGCAGAACUUUGUGGUGAUGAACGAGAUCAACAACAUGUCCUUCCUCACCGCCGAUAGUAAGAGCAAGAUGAGCAAGGCCGGAGACGGAGAGUCCGGAGGCUCCGAGCAGGAGCGUACCAAGAAGAAGCGGCGGGGGGACCGCUACUCGGUGCAGACCUCGCUCAUCGUGGCGGCGCUAAAGAAGAUGCUCCCCAUCGGCCUCAACAUGUGCUCACCCGCCGAUCAGGAGCUCAUCAACCUAGCCAAAACCAGAUACUCGCUGAAAGAUACCGAUGAAGAAGUGAGGGAGUUUUUACACAACAAUUUUCAUCUCCAAGGCAAAGUGGAGGACCCGGCCAUGCGCUGGCAGAUGUCCCUCUACAAGGAGAUGUCUGGGAAGGCGGAAGAUGCCGAGGACCAAGAGAAGGUGGUCAAAAGGGUCCAAGAGGUGUCUGCUGUCCUCUACCACAUUGAAGUGACAGAGCAUCCCUUCAAGUCCAAGAAGAUGGUGUGGCACAAGUUGUUGUCCAAACAGCGGCGAAGAGCUGUGGUGGCCUGCUUCAGGAUGACGCCCCUCUACAACAUCCCCACGCACCGAGCCACCAACAUGUUUCUGGACGCCUACAAGCGCAACUGGCUGGAGACGGAGGGCUACUCCUUCGAGGACAAAAUGAUUGACGACUUAUCGAAAGCCCUGGAGGAAGAGGAGGAGGAGGAAGAAGAGACGGAGACCAAGCCCGACCCGCUUCAUCAGCUCAUCCUGCAUUUCAGCCGAACCGCUCUCACCGAGAAAACAAAACUGGAUGUCGACCACCUCUAUAUGUCGUACGCUGACAUCAUGGCAAAGAGUUGCCAUAUGGGUGAGGAUGACGAGGAGGGAGAACAGGAGGGGGAGGAGCCAUCCUUUGAGGAAAAGGAGAUGGAGAAGCAGAGGCUCCUCUACCAGCAGUCCCGCCUGCACGGCCGCGGGGCCGCCGAGAUGGUUCUGCAGAUGAUCAGCGCCUGCAAAGGUGAGCCGGGAGUCAUGGUUUCUUCCACUCUCAAACUGGGAAUCUCCAUCCUCAAUGGAGGCAACUGCGACGUGCAGCAGAGAAUGCUGGACUACCUGAAGGACAAAAAGGACGUGGGCUUCUUCCUGAGCGUUCAAGCUCUGAUGCAAAGCUGCAGCGUUUUGGACCUGAAUGCUUUCGAGAGACAGAACAAGGCCGAAGGACUCGGAAUGGUGUCAGAAGAGGGCACCAACAAGAAGCUCGAACGUGAUGAGAAAGUGAUGGCGGACGACGAGUUCACGUGCGACCUCUUCCGCUUCCUGCAGCUGCUCUGCGAGGGUCACAAUAACGACUUCCAGAACUACCUGAGGACCCAGACCGGCAGCACCACCACCAUUAAUGUCAUCAUUUGCACGGUGGACUACCUGCUACGACUACAGGAAUCCAUCAGUGACUUCUACUGGUACUACUCGGGCAAGGACAUCAUGGACGAGCCCGGCAAGAGGAACUUCUCCAAAGCCAUGACUGUGGCCAAGCAAGUCUUCAACAGCUUAACCGAGUACAUCCAGGGUCCGUGCACGGGCAACCAGCAAUCGUUGGCGCACAGCAGGCUGUGGGACGCCGUGGUGGGCUUCCUCCACGUCUUCGCUCACAUGAUGAUGAAGCUGGCUCAGGAUUCGAGUCAAAUCGGGCUGUUGAAGGAACUGUUGGAUCUGCAGAAGGACAUGGUGGUGAUGCUUCUGUCUCUUCUGGAAGGCAACGUUGUGAACGGGACCAUCGCCAAGCAGAUGGUGGACAUGCUGGUGGAGUCCUCCAGCAACGUGGAGAUGAUCCUCAAGUUCUUCGACAUGUUCCUCAAGCUGAAGGACAUCGUCGCAUCCGACGCCUUCCGCGACUACGUGAGUGACCCGCGAGGGCUCAUCUCCAAGAAGGACUUCUCCAAGGCCAUGGACAGCCAGAAGCAGUACUCGCCCACGGAAAUCCAGUUCCUCCUGUCCUGCUCGGAAGCCGACGAGAAUGAAAUGAUCAACUUUGAGGAGUUCGCCGACCGCUUCCAGGAGCCGGCCAAGGACAUCGGUUUCAACAUCGCCGUCCUCCUCACCAACCUGUCGGAGCACGUGCCGCACGACACGCGGCUGCAGAACUUCUUGGAGCAGGCGGAGAGCGUGCUCAACUACUUCCGCCCCUUCCUGGGCCGCAUCGAGAUCAUGGGCGCCAGCCGCAAGAUCGAGCGAAUCUACUUCGAGAUCAGUGAGGCCAACCGCAACCAGUGGGAGAUGCCGCAGGUGCGCGAGUCCAAACGCCAGUUCAUCUUCGACGUGGUCAACGAGGGCGGCGAGAGCGAGAAGAUGGAGCUCUUUGUCAACUUCUGCGAGGACACCAUCUUUGAAAUGAACAUCGCCGCCUCCAUCUCCGAGCCCGAGGGAGACGGCGCCGAAGAGGAAGAUGACGAGGAAGAGGAAGAAGAGGCGGCCAAAGAGGGCGACGGCGGCGAAGGCGAGGAAGGCAACGGCGAAACUCCGCCUCCGGAAUCCGCCUCUGCCUUUGCCGACUUCCUGACCAGCGUGGUCAAUUUCUUCAACAUGUUCACCUUCCGUAACCUGCGGCGGCGUUACCGCAAGCUACGCAAGAUGACGGUGAAGGAGAUGGUGAUCGGCCUGGCCACCUUCGUCUACACCGUCCUCAUGGGCGUCCUGAUGUUCGUCUACAGCGUCUGCAAGGGCUUCUUCAUGCUCAUUUGGAAAGCGCUCUUCGGCGGAGGCCUGGUGGAAGGCGCCAAGAAGAUGACGGUGACCGAGAUCCUGGCCAGCAUGCCGGACCCAACGCAGGACGAAGUUCACGGCGACCUGCCGCCCGAACCGGGAGCAAGAGAGAUUCAAGAUGCGGAAGGAGCGGCUGACUUGGAUGCGGGAGGGGGCGAGGAGGAAGAGGAGGACGGCGAGGAACGGGAAGGGGGACGCCUGCCCGGUUUCAACGCUCCCGGCGGACUCGGAGACUUUGGGGAGACCACGCCGGAAGAACCGCCCACUCCUGAGGGCACGCCGCUGCUCAAGAGGAAACCGUUGCCCGAAGAGGGUGAAGGUCAAGAAGAGGCAAAAGGAGAAAUUGUCGAACCUGAAGAAGAGGCCCCUCCGGAGACCGAGAAAGCAGACACCGAGGCCGACGAAAAGAAGCCCGAGAAGGUUGAGCCCGAGCCCGAGGUCAAGGAGGAAGAACCCGAGAAGCCGACGGUGAAGACAAAGGUGAAGGAGAAGAAAGCGGCAGAGGAAGGUUUUGAGUUGUGGAACGAACUGGAGGUCCAGAGGAAUAAAUUCAUGAACUACCUCUCUAGAAACUUCUACAACCUGCGCUUCCUGGCCCUCUUCAUCGCUUUUGCCCUCAACUUCAUCCUGCUCUUCUACAAGGUGUCGGACAGCCCGCCAGGCGAGGAGGAAUUUGAAGGAUCGGGUCUUUUCGAGGGCGGCUCGGGACUGUUCGAAGGCUCCGGCGCUGAUGAGGAAGGAUCCGGUUUCGAAGACGGCGGCGAGGACGAUGAAGACGAGGGCCCCCUGUACUACUUCCUGGAGGAGAGCACCGGGUACAUGGAGCCGGCGUUGGCCUUCCUCAGCAUCGUCCACACCAUCAUCUCCUUCCUCUGUAUCAUCGGCUACAAUUGCCUCAAGGUUCCUCUGGUUAUCUUCAAGCGAGAAAAAGAGCUGGCCCGGAAACUGGAGUUCGACGGCGUUUACGUGACGGAGCAGCCGGAAGACGACGAUAUCAAGGGACAGUGGGACAGACUGGUGCUCAACACUCCAUCUUUCCCCAACAACUACUGGGACAAGUUUGUGAAAAGGAAGGUGUUGGAUAAAUACGGCGACAUCUACGGAAGGGAGAGGAUCGCCGAGUUGCUGGGCAUGGACUUGGCCUCCCUGGACGUCAGUGCCAUGACGCACGACAAGAAGCCGGAGCCCGACAACUCAGUCUUCAGCUGGAUAACAUCCAUAGACAUCAAGUACCAGAUCUGGAAAUUUGGUGUUGUGUUCACGGACAAUACCUUCCUGUACCUGGUCUGGUACAUGCUCAUGUCCAUGCUGGGCCACUAUAACAACUUCUUCUUCGCCGCUCACCUGUUGGACAUCGCCAUGGGAGUCAAAACCCUGCGCACCAUCCUGUCCUCGGUCACCCACAACGGAAAGCAGCUGAUGAUGACGGUGGGUCUGCUGGCCGUGGUGGUGUACCUCUACACCGUGGUGGCCUUCAACUUCUUCCGCAAGUUCUACAACAAGAGCGAGGACGAGGACGAGCCCGACAUGAAGUGCGACGACAUGAUGACAUGCUACUUGUUCCACAUGUACGUCGGCGUCCGGGCCGGCGGCGGCAUCGGAGACGAGAUCGAGGACCCGGCCGGAGACGAAUACGAGCUCUACCGAGUGGUUUUCGACAUCACCUUCUUCUUCUUUGUCAUCGUCAUCCUGCUGGCAAUCAUUCAGGGUUUGAUCAUUGAUGCCUUCGGCGAGCUGAGAGACCAGCAGGAGCAGGUCAGGGAGGACAUGGAGACAAAAUGCUUCAUCUGCGGGAUCGGCAGUGACUAUUUUGACACGACGCCGCACGGCUUUGAGACGCACACUUUAGAGGAACACAACUUGGCCAACUAUAUGUUUUUCCUGAUGUAUCUCAUCAACAAAGAUGAAACGGAGCACACCGGCCAGGAGUCGUACGUGUGGAAGAUGUACCAGGAGCGCUGCUGGGACUUUUUCCCCGCCGGGGACUGCUUCCGAAAGCAGUAUGAGGAUCAGCUGGGGUAACACGGGUGACAAAGACCAUUGGCCGAUUGAUCUGAAUAGACAAGUCAACUAUGCUAUGCACACUUUGGCUGCGGCAUCCAAUUCGAUCAAACGAUAAUCACGUGACGGGAUUCUUUUCUAAAUUGCCUUGCUUGUAUAAACGUCGGCGUCACGGCUCGUCUCCACUCCGAACUGUGCCUGAACGCAUCAUGUUCAUUGAACGGACUUUUAGUGCCUAGAGCAAAGUGGCUGCUUUCUUCGUUUUGUUUAGCUGAGAGGGAAGAUGUUUUGUUUAUCGCGGGAACGCUUACGAACCGUUUUGGCGCCAUCUGGUGGCAUCCGAGUGCCAAGUACGUAAGGUCGGCAAAAGUAUGUUUAAUAUGUUUUGAUGGAGGUCUGCAUUUUUUUAAUUUUUUUUUUAAAUAAUAGAGCAUAAUUUGACUGCAAUUUUGCGGACCGCCAUUUUGAGAAGAAGACUCACGGAGGAAUGAGCAGAGAAUUAUCAGCGUGCGACGCCAUUCUGUAUGUACAGACACUUUGAAGUCUUACCAAUUUAUUUAUUGUUUCUCUGCCAACGACUGUUUUCGAACCUUCCAGCUAACGGCGAGCAGGAGCGAAUGAAUGUACGUAUUUAAAAGCGGCCAUUUUGAAUAGGAGGCUUAUUUUACAUACGAUAUUUAUUUUUUUCUUUGGAGGAUUCCAACAUGUCAGAUGUUGUCUGUGAAGUGCGUGUGUGUGUGUGUGUGACGCGUGGAGGAAGACGAUUUUGGAGUGCGUGUUGACUCUCAGGUGUGAAGGCGCUGCCACACAGCAUUUUUGGCGGCCUUCCAAGCCGACACGUUGACUGAACUCUGUUUUGCGCUCACAAUAAAUGGGUUCACUCAGCAACUAUG